CUGUAUAAUACUGGAAAUAGAACUGGUGGAAGACAACUUUCAUAGGAGGAGGCAUUGAUGAAGGGAAGACCAAGCAAGUGAAAGCAAAAUGUGGAUGUCGCUUGCCAAAAACGUGUUAAGGACAAAACUCUACGAAGACUUUUCUCGAGUUUUGUUACGAACACCAAAGGGCAAGCCGAGUUAUCAAAAGAAUUUUUCAUUGAGUAGGAAGCCUUGGCUACAUUCAGCAAGGGUAGUAGCACAGGCAAUUCAGACCCUCAAUAUUGGCACAACUAUCCAGAAAGUAGAAACUUUAGAGAAAAAACAGUUUAUCUGUGUUCAUUGGGAAGAUGGCAGUGAGAGCCUUUACCCAUCGGUGUGGCUACGAGACAAUUGCCAGUGCCCAGACUGUUUCCUACACUCUGCUAAAGCACGCAAACUGCUUCUGGAAAAUCUAGAUAUCAAUAUCAACGUGAAGGAUGUCACUCUGACAGAACAGAAAAAGAAGGUAAAUAUUGUAUGGCCAGAUGACCACACCAGUGAAUUUGAGGCCGAAUGGUUGAAGAAGAGAUGUUUUUCUGACCGAGCUAGAGCAAAAGCACAAGAAGAAUUAUUUUUAUCAGAGCGCCAGUAUUGGGGUUCUGAUCUUGAGCUCCCUACUAUGGACUUUGAAGAGGUAUUGCACAGUGAUGAAAGUGCAUACAAGUGGUUGGUUACCCUUAAAAAGGUGGGAAUUGUGCUACUAAGGGGAGCUGCUAUUAAACAGGGAGAAAUUCUGAAGCUCGGGCAGCGCAUUGGAUUCCUUCGCCUCACAUUUUAUGGGCCUACUUGGCAAGUGCAAGACAAAAUGGAUGCCAACAAUGUGGCGUACACAUCUGAGAAGCUAAGUUUUCAUACCGAUUACCCUGUUCUACAAUUUCCACCAGGGAUUCAGCUUCUGCAUUGUAUAAAACAAACGUCUGCUGGAGGGGAGAGUGAAGUUGUGGAUGGAUUUCAUGUAGCCAAUAAGUUUAAGGAGCAAAAUCCUUAUGCCUUUAAAAUCUUGACCUCUACAUUUGUAGAUUUCACAGACAUUGGAGUUGAUUACUGUGAUUUUGCCAUGCAAUCCAAACAAAGAAUUAUAGAUGUAGAUGAAAAGGGCCAAGUGGUUCGUAUCAAUUUUAACAAUGCAACCAGAGAUACAAUAUUUGACAUACCUGCUGAAAAAGUAAAGCCAUUUUAUGCUGCUCUCAAGGACUAUGUUGAUCUCCUAAAUAGCACGGAUUAUAAAUAUUCAUACAAAAUGAAGCCAGGUGACAUAGUAGUAUUUGAUAAUUGGCGUUUACUUCAUGGUCGGCAGAGUUACCAGGCAGGAGCAGAAAUAUCCCGUCAUCUUGAAGGAGCCUAUGCAGACUGGGAUGUAAUAAUGUCAAGGCUCCGAAUCUUACAAAAGAAUGUUCUGAGGAGACAAAGCCUUUGAAGCUUGGCCUAAUGAGAACUCUUAAUCUUUGCUGGGAUUGGAUGGUUUUUCCAUAAAGGAAAAUGUACUUGAUAUAUUUCCAGUUUAUUCUGGGCAUUCCUGA